AUGAGCUCGUAUGCCACUCAGCCUCUUUUCUCUCAAGCGCUACCAGCCUCCUGCUCGUCUCUUUCCAGCGAAUCCUUCUCUUCAACGACCUCCUCGACUUCUCCAUCGGCGUUUCCAGUUGACGUGCUCUCGCGAGCAUCCCGUUACCUGUGCUACAGGACGCGAGAUGAAGAUACCGAUGUUGUUCUGGUCUUGGGAUGCGGGUCUACUGCCCCUCCGACCCUAGCGGCUGAACGAGCAUACAAGGCCAUGCACCGGCAGGAGGAAGAGGCGAGAAAGAUGCUGCUGAUAUUCAGCGGUGGGAUCGGGAGGUUUACGAAGAAGCUCGUGGACAUGGUGGAAGAGGAAGGGAUGAACGUCAAGAGGACGGAACCAUCGAUGUCGCCAUGCUCAGGCCUUGACGCGAAGGGCGUCUAUGUGACACUCGAGAGCUUGUCGAGUUUGAUAGGGGACGAGAAGAAGAAGCUGCUGGUGGACGAGGAGCAAAUGAUGAGGUACAACAGGACAGGAGGAGAGAAGAGCGAGGUAGAAUCGCUCCUGACCGAGGCCGAUAUCUUUCUUGAGAUCUUCCUCAACAAGCUCAAGGCCUUGUAUGGGGACGAGCUCCUCCCUCCGAUUCGUCUCUUCGACAGACACUCCCUCCCCUCCCAACUCAUCCUCUCCAAGGGCCUGACCAUCCUCGUCGAGUCGGCGAGCACCAACACAGGGGAAAACAUCAUGUUCUCCCUGGACAUCUUGAAGUCUGCUGGGUUUGACCACAAGGCAUACAGGACAUGUCUCAUCGAUCACCCGUCAGCGCUCUUGGCUCUUUUCAUUCUCUUCUUGUAA